GGCACGCUCAACAAUCUGCAAUUGUUUAGUCGUCCUGGGAUGCUAGGGAAAUGGUAGCUUACACGUGGAAAUAGUGAUUUGCCGUAUUUUGCUUCUACUUCAGGGUGGUUUAGUGCCUUAUUGAACCGUGCCUUGUCAGGGCUAUUCCGUAUUAUUCUCUGAAGGUGACGGUUACUUCUUAGCUGAGUGACGAGCUGGUUUAACCGGCUUUAUUAUGGCGGACAACGUAGACGAUGACUCUCUGUACACAAUUAAAGAGGGGGACUACGUUGUGUUGAAACGAGGAGAUGUCUUCAAAGCUGUGCAAAUUCAAACGAAGAAGAAGGUGAUUUUUGAGAAGCAGUGGUUCUUCUUGGAUAAUGCUGUGGGACAGUUGUACAGCACUACAUUUGAGCUGGCACCUGGAGGGAUCCUGCAGCCAAGGAAGCCCAAAGACCCAGAGAGCUCCACCGAUACAAAGGGGGCAGGCACAGACAACAGGAACAUUCAAGAUGAUGGAAAAUCCCAGAAGCUGACCAGGGAUGACAUCGAGACGCUCAAAGAACAAGGUCUGAAGGGACAGGAAAUCAUUCAGCAGCUCAUAGACAACAGCUCGACAUUCAAAGAUAAGACUGAAUAUGCCCAGGAUAAGUACAUCAAGAAGAAAAAGAAGAAGUAUGAAAAUAUUGUGACGAUUCUUAAACCUUCCUGUCGCAUCCUGGCCAUGAUGUACCAUGGCCGGGAACCAGGGAAGAUCUGCCACCUGCGCUAUGACACCCUGGCCCAGAUGUUGACUCUGGCAAACAUCCACGCCAACAGUAAAGUCCUGGUGUUUGAAACUUGUGCUGGCCUCGUGCUGGGAUCCGUCAUGGAGAGAAUGGGAGGCUUCGGCUCAGUGAUCCAAAUGUACCCAGGAGGUGGGCCCGUUCGUGCGGGUGUGGAGAGCUUUGGCUUCCCUGCACAUUUUCACGAUACGCUGCAUGAGUUUCCCAUCUGCCAUCUCAAUGCUCUGAUAGCAGGAACUCUGGACACCACUGCCAAAGAUCCUAGCGCCGAUUUAAAGGAGUCCGACAUGGCUGCAGAGGUGAAGACUGAGGCAGAGGUGAAGACUGAGGCAGAGGUGAAGACUGAGGCAGAACAGAAGGGCAGUCCAGAGGAACAGAGCAUGGAGACAAACAGUGUUGCCGAUGGAAGCCUUGUCCCCAAAAAAGAAGAAGAGGAGGAGAAACGCAGAGAAGCCAAAGCUCAGGAAAAGAAGGUGAAGCAGGAGGAGAAGCGGAAGAAGCUGGCAGCCGCUGCUUCCCUGCUGGAAGGCAGGAAUGCCGACGGGUUGGUUAUAGCGAGCCGAUUUAACCCGUGUCCAGUCCUCAUGGCCCUGCUCAAGUUCCUCUCCCCCUCCAGGCCUUUUGUGGUCUACUCCCAAUACAAAGAGUGUCUUAUCGAGUGCUACACAAAACUCAAGGAACAAGGCGGUACGGUCAACCUGAAGCUCACAGACUACUGGCUGAGACAUUAUCAGGUGUUGCCUAACAGGACACAUCCUGUGCUGCUGAUGAGUGGGGGUGGGGGCUACCUCCUCUCAGGAACAACGGUCGCCGCGGAGCGCUCCAAACCUGCAGCCUCGCGGCGAGAUGAGGAACCAGCGCCAAAGAGACAGAAAGUGACCGAAGGAUAAACAAACAAAGGGCAAAUGACCAACAGCCCGUAGGGAAUUCUCCCCCAGCAUUGACUUCUCUUUCUGCUGAACUGAUUUGACACAUGUGGAAAUAAGGAAGACAGAGUGUCUGGUCUGCAUUCAUCAGAGCACUUUCUCCUUGUGAAUUCAGAUCAGUGCAGAGGAAGGCGUAAUGCUGAGCCGUAAACUAUGAGCCCGCUAAGGGCAGUACGAGGUCAGAUUAUGUGUUAUGUGAGGAACUGCUGAAAUCAUCUUAUAUUAUGUCUGAUACCUCUAGACCAAGUUUAUAACAUUUUUGAUUUUUAAAGUUUUGCAGCUCUAGGUUUUUUUUAUUUAGUUAUCUUCGCAGAAAGUGCCAUUUGUUAUAUGAUGCAGCUUCACUGUGGGAUACAUCUGUACCUGCACAGAAUAAAAAAAGCACUAAUGAG